AUGUUUCCAGUGGCUUACGUGCCCGUCGUCCCGGCGUCGGGCGUCGCGCAUGCGGCGGCGACUGCAGACCCGCCGCUUCCCCGGGAUGCUCCAGCAGAUGCCUAUCGUUCCUUUCUCCCUUCACUGCAUGCUGUGCCUUCGCCUUACGAGGGGCUCUUCGCUGCUGCGCCUUCUCAGCCCUGUCCAGUCGCGCCCGCGACUGUGCUGACCGGCAGCGCCCCGGCGCGAAGCAGCACGUCUGCAACGGCAGGGUCGGACGCCUCGCGGUUGCAUGGCUGGGGCGUGUCAGGGCGCAGUCUACGGACUCCGGUCUAUCCAGGGUACGGGCUGUAUGCCGGGGACUCCCUCGCAUCCGCUUCUCUGCUUCCUACCCGUCGCGCUUCCGUAGGUUUCUCCUUCGCGUAUGCGUCUGCCGCGCCGGUGCGCCAGGCGUCGCUACGGUGUGAAGGAAGCGACAGCAGCCGUCGCCGAUCAGCGUCUUCUGCUUCGCCGUCGAGUUCCGUCGAGGCGCCUCGGCCAUCACGCGGUCCUGGAGGAGCGAGUGACGCAGUUCGUCGAUCUUCUCGAAUCGCGGAGUAUCCGGCGGUCGCGUGGCCGCCUCUCCAUGCGCCAAUGGAGUUCGUUGAAGUCACCCGAGGCAGGCGACGAGGGUCAGCAGCUCCCGGACCCCGCGCCGACUCGAUCUUUUCCAGGACGCGCCACGAAGUCGCCCUUCGAGCCGCCGCCUCGCCGGUGUUGCCUGGCCUCCAGGCAACCGCGAGGGCGCGCGUCGACGAAACUGAGGCGGUUCGGCCAGCAGUCCGUCGCACCGCGACUACCCGCGAGCGCACGAGCUCCCAGGCAGGCCGAGCCGGCAGCCGCAGUCGCGGCGAGAGAGAGGCGAGUCGGCGGCUCUCAGUGGGCGCCAACCCGUCAGCUUCGCCAAGGAGGGAGAGCACUCUGCGGGCGCGCCGGGUGUCUCUGGACUCGGCGCACGCACGCACAGACGGCCGAGGACGAAAUCCUUCUCGGCUGCGAGUUCCCCACGAGCACGUCAGUCUCCCUCCGUCGCUUCCGCCCCUGCCUCCCCUCGCCCAAGUGGCGAAUGGCCAUCCUGUCUCGCCCCUCUCGACUGGCCCCGCCUUCUGCCUCAUCUCCCAUCCUUCGCUUCCUUCGCUCCCACCCUUUGCGCACGAGAACCAGUCUCUGGAGGACCGCCGACGGACGUGCGCUGCAGCCGCGGAGGCGAGAGCGACGCGGAUCUGGGGCUGCCGGGGGUCUGCAGAGGACAGCGGGGGCGAGAGGCAAACGCGAGGCCGCCGGAGCUCCUGUGCUGCCUCAGCCUCCGAGGCGAGCCUCCCCCCUAGACAGCCCGGCGCCGCAGAGUCGCGAGCGAUGAGCGCGAGUCGAGAGACGCAGUCGACACGAGACGGCCGCGUGUCAGGAGAGACCAGCCGGGAGGAAGGGAGCGAAGCGAACAUGGCGAGGAUUCUGCGGCGGCGCAUUCAAAUGCAGACGCCCGCAGCUGCUGCCUUGGCGGCGGCAGAGUCGAGCCGCGAGGCCCAGCGAAGAGCGUCAGGCAUGGAGACGGCGGAGGCACAGCGGAACGGCAGCAGAGACAGCAGUGGCCAAGAGCGGGAAGGCUCUCGCCAGAGGUCGCGUGCAUCCCGAAGACUCAGCUGCGAGGCGCGCGGCUCUGCUGGGCUCCCUGGAAUCGUCGGCGGCUCCUCGCGCUCCUCCGUUUCGCACUCGCCUCAAGGGCCCGACUCGCCCAGCGUCCACAACGUCCCGCACCGAACUGCGCUCUCGCGCAACUCCAUUCCCUCUGCUCCGAGCCACGCGUUCGCAUCCGUCCCUGGCUUCGGUCCUGGAUCCUUCGCGAGUGUCCCUGCGGGUGGGGCUGCGAGGCCCAGCGAGGCGGGAAACCUCUCGGCGCGCCCUCGGAGACACUCCGUCUUGUCGGCAGCUGGGGCCGCGGCGCUCUCCCGCCUCGCCGGCGCCUCCGGUUGGGCUCCAACUGCUCGCGCUUCCCCGGUGGCUGAGGCUUCGGCCUCCCUCUCACCGGACGAAGGCGCGCCCCAGAGUCUCGCCAGCAUCUUGCAGCCGCGGGGCGUCGGCACGCUUCUGUACCCUUUCUUCGGGACGCCCGACGGGACCUGGGCGCCUGUUCAGGAGAACCAUUCGCGCGCAGUGCUGGCGAUUCACGAGACCGAGAACAGCGACGGCGCGUCAGUCGACUCGCGGCGAGGCCGCGGAGACGGGCCGAGCCAGGUCCAAAGCUUCUACGUCGACCAAGAAGGAGGGUUGUCUCUCGUCAGCGUCGGCGCUCCGCAGAUGCCAGCUGCAGGCCUUGAACGGCUCAACGACGCGACAGGCCACGACUUCGCCCCUGUCCCCUUCGUCCCCUCAGUUACAGUUGCCCCGGAUGGGACGCUCAUCGUCGAGAACUUCUCGGCCGAGCAACUCGUUCAGCUUCGCCACACUUUUGUCGCGAGCGGUGUCGCGAGCGAGACCACACAACCCAGGGGUCUGUCGCCAAGGAUCUUACAGUGGCUGCCCGAGGAGUCCUUCGACUCGCGCCUCGCUGCGCGAAGGAGCGAGGAGCUGCGCGAGUGUCUUAUCUGUAGGAUGGAGUACGAAAACGCGGAGAGUUCCUUUUUCUCCCUUGGGCUCGCCUUCUUCGCGUCUGGUCUUCUCCGUUCUCGCGUCUCUUCUGCAUUCUGGUGGCGUGUCUUCUCCUCUGUCCCGCAGGAGCACACGAGUUGCCCGCUCUGUCGCUUCGAAGUCUUGAACGGGCUCCGCUGGGAGUUCGCCUCAGCUCCCUCAACUUCGCGUCAGCGCUCCGGAUCAACUCCUGCAGGUGUCGCUUCCUCGGGAACUUCCUCUGGGAGCUGUGGCAACGGCUCUUCUCUCUCGCCUGUGCCCCAGCCCACUUCGCCUUCUCCCUCUUCCUCGUCGUCCAGCGCGUCUUCCUCUUCUGCCGCUUCUUGCGUCUCUUCUUCCCCAACGACUGCUCCUUCUGCCGCCUCUUCUGUUUCCUCGUCUGCGUCCGCCGUCCCCCCCCUCGGUUCCUCCCCUGUUUUGACGGGUCAGCCACGAGAUGCCAGCAAUCAGGCAACGGAAAGCUCCAUUUUCUCGUCCUCCUCUCCAACUUCCCCUUCUGUCUCUCUUCUCUACUUUGUGCGCCCGUCCUCAGUGAACACCUCGUCUUCGUCGCAAGGGCAGCUUUCAUCUGAGCAGAAGAAAGAAACAGAUGUGCCGUCCUCUUCUUCCUCGUCCUCUUCUUCAUCCUCUUCGUCCUCUUCUUCCUCGUCCUCUUCUUCAUCCUCUUCGUCCUCUUCUUCCUCGUCCUCUUCUUCCUCGUCCUCUUCUUCCUCGUCCUCUUCUUCCUCUUCUUCCUCUUCUUCCUCUUCUUCUUCCUCUUCUUCCUCUUCUUCCCCUAUCUCUUCUUCCUCUACUUCUUCUUUGUCUUCCGCUUCGAAUGUAUUUCUGGAAACACGUGCUGUUGCGCCAGCAGCAUCGGUCGUUCAAGCCCAAAUGAAGAGGAGUUGGGAUCUCUGCCGGCCCUCUUCGCCUGUGCCGUCUCUUCCUUCCUCGCGGUCGUCUCGUCGCCGCGAGAGAGAAGAGGGCGAGACGGCCCGCUCCACCUUCUCCAAGGAGGCGGAGCACAGUCGCGAGGCGAGGGAAGCUCCAGAGCGUUCCGUCGCGGUGGCGGCUUCAAAGAGCGAACCCGCAGCUUCAGCGUCACUCGCCCUUGAUGUGCAGCCUCCGCACGCGGCUGUUGCUGAAAAACAGUUAUCUCCCGAUCCACAGGAAGGAGAUCAGAGACCCGACGAGGUCGCGUUCUCAAACGAAGUGUCUUCUUGUCCUUCCAUUGCCACUGAACACUUGUCCCUCUCGUCGUCGGCUGACCACUCUCCCCUCCAGGGAGGUUCAAUGACUAGACACCCGGUCACGCACGCCUUCGCCCGCGAGCUCUCGUCGCGGAUGCAGCGCCAGGGGGAAAACCGGAGAGAAGAGACAGGUCAGAGGAUAGAGGACAGAGAUGCUGAAGAACCCCGCACCGGCGAACCCGCGAGGGAAGGAGGCGAGGUGGAUGGCACAGCAAAGGAAGAGUUGGAGCGAGCGCAUGCGGCGGACUGUCCAGUGCCUAUCUCGUCAGCGUCUUUUUUCUUUGCGUCAGGAGUGACCUCGAGCUCGGACACGGCCAUGUCAGCUUCGCCUCUCGUCUUCUUUGAGAAGGAAUCUGCGGACUCAGCGAUGCAGAGUUUCUCGAGUGCCUGUCCUGCGUGGAGAAGCUCUGUGGUUCAGCGCAGUCUCCGUCCUUCUGCGCUGCCUCAGGGCUUCACUCGGUCUCGUCCCUACCCCCCAGCUGCUGUCCUUCUCUCCCCUCACAACGAAGAGGCGAAUGCGACGAGGCCGAACGCGAAGAACGCGCUCGGCUCCUCAGGGAGUCCAGCGAAAAGGGACGGGAAGUUAUCCACGAUGCUGCACGGAGAACGAGAGCAGGAGCCUCGCUCCGCCGUGUCGACGCUUCACGGAGGCGACAGCCUGCGGCGAGAGGUGCGUGCACACAAGUCGGUCGAAAUCGAGGCCGAAAAAGACGGAAACGACGCGCAGACAAACGAAAAGGCUUCCUUCCAAGGCGGCUCCGCUGGACAAAGUUCCAAUGGCGAAGGCCUCCACAUGCAUGCCACAUUCACUGAAGAAGGAACUGAGGAAGAGGAAUUUGAAGGAGACGAAGAACAUGGACGAGCAAAAGACGCGGAUGGAGACGGCGACGACGAAGCUGAGGACGAUGAAGAUGAAGAGGAGGAUGAAAUGGCCGGAGAAAGAACAGAGGCGCUCCGCAGAGAACACCUAGACCGCUUGUAUCCUGUGGACGUUGGAGUUGAGUCCGAGAAAAUCAUAAGUGAAAGCAACAUCUUUUCUCUGGACGCGCGCAGCAGUGCACCGCACCUGUCUCUCGGCAAGGCGCAGUCGAGGGAUUCCGUUGUUGUUUCUCACAGGCCGCUGUCUUUGGGUCAGCGUAAAGAGAAGUGA